AUGGCAAGCAACGUAACAAACAACGAUACAUCCAAAGUCCACGGUGGAACAAACAACGAACCAUCCAAAGUUCACGGUAACACUACCUACUAUACAGGAGCCACCAAAGAACAACUCGGAAAUUUAACUGGUAACGAGCAAUUGCAAGCUGAAGGCAAAUUAGCAAAAGCUGAAGGUCAAUCUGAAGUUAACGCAGCGAAACUUCGUAACCAAACUCAAGGAGUGAAAGAUAACAUCACAGGAACAGUUAAAGACACUACUGGUAGCUUAGUCGGUAAUGAAAGAUUGCAAGCAGAAGGCAAAACAGAAAAGGCAGCUGGUCAUGCGCAGCAAAAUGCUAAUCGAUACUAG